AUGAUUUCCCACAGGUUGGCUAGAGUCGUUUUUGAAACUGAAGAUGCAGAACUGUUUGCAGUGAAGAGACCGGGUGCAUGGCCAUCUUACCAAGAUUAUGAUGUGGAGAUUAAAACUGGGCUGAGUAAUCUACCUGAGUGGGAAUUAGAGGUGGUGUCAAGAAACUCUAAUAAAAGAACCGAGCCGUUACAUGAAGCUUCUACAAGAUCUCACACUCAAGAAAGAUCUUCUUCUGACAUCUUCAAGACCAUUCUCCUGGUAGUUAUUGUCGGAUCUUUGGCAUGGUUUUAUAAAGCAAUCCAACCACCACCCACGGGAACUGUCGGCUCUACCGGCGGAGCCUCCGUGACAUCGUCUAGGAUCAAACUGAGAGACAGAAGACACUUGGCUUACAAGGAAUUUGGAUUCCCUAGAGAUGAAGCCAAGUUCAAGAUAAUAUACAUCCACGGCUUUGAUUCUUGUAUGCUCGAUUCGCCUUUCCCUCAGUUCUUAUCUCAGGCUCUUGUGGAGGAGUUGAGGAUAUACACUGUGUCUUUUGACCGUCCUGGUUAUGGAGAGAGUGAUCCUGACCCGAAUCGAUCACCAAGAAGCAUAGCAUUGGAUAUAGAAGAGCUGGCUGAUGGGUUAGGACUAGGACCUAACUUCUAUGUGGUUGGUCUCUCCAUGGGUGGUGAAAUCACAUGGACAUGCCUGAUGAAGAGUUUUCAAGGCUCGAAACAUACAAGGCUUUUUGGGAGAUGCAAUAGCUACUCGAGUGUGAGAUAG